AUGAGCCACGACAAUAUUCUCCUUCCAACAAGUCCGGAGACGACAUUCGACGUGCACGAUUGGCGAGAUGGAAAGCUACAAGAUUGGAUAAAGAACACUGUCAUGAAGGUGCAACAGGGGCACUAUAAUGACAACGACACCACUGAGGCUUUCUCUUUUGAACUUCAUGAAGAGAGGGAAAUCAUGUUGAAGUUGCUCAUCAUGUGCUACGGCAUCAAAACGGGUCACGCAAAUUUCCUUCAAAACUACUCAAAGAAAGAAAAGGAACCGGUGAGAGCCAUGCUGGAAAAGAUCAAAAAGGAGUGCCGAAAAUUGGACAAAAUCGAGUUCAACAUUUUCUACGUUUCGGUUGGCAUCAAAGAAAAGGCGACAUCGAGUGAAACAAAGGGCGAAUUCGGCAAUCUGGAGAUCCCGCUGCUCCAGCUGAGUAAGUCAAAGAAAGUUUUGGAUUUGAGCGACCCGGGAACGAUUUACCAGUCAUUUCAACGUUACCUCGAAAACAACAAGCUGGAGCGGAGCGUUAUCGUUUAUCCCGAAAAAGCCACAUAUGCUCAACAACAGGUUCAAUUGAAGGUGUGCGAGUCACCGAGUUGCACUCUCACAAGCGAUAUCGCAAACGUCGCCAACGUGGUGUUGAAGUUUGCCUCGGUGGCGGCUAUGUUCUGGACACCGGGCUGCUUGCUGGCUGGCCGAGCACUCGCCACGAUGAGCACUCGCAUCUUCACACAGGGAUCCUUUUGGGCGGUGGCCCUGCUGAGAGCAUCGGCAGCGGUGAACUCGGCUACGAAAUACGCCCGUGCAAUCACCACCAUCACCUCUCUGUUCGGAAGCGCUUUUGCUGGAAUG